CGGCUCGGUGGAAAGAGAGGCUCCCGUUUGCAGCGGACAUCCGUCCGACAUCUUGAGUCGUCGAGAGACUCCGCGAUGGUGCUUCCCGUCGCUCUCUGUGGUGAACUUCAGUUGCCGGCUGCGGCGGGCGGGGCUCCGGGCGGGAAGAACCGCGCGCUCCGCCCCCCCCUUUCCGCCCGCCCUCUGAGAUCGGCGACGGGGUGAUCCUGCUCGCCGGUGGCAAGAAAGAGGAGCCCGGCCAGGGACGUGCCAAAGAGGCCGCCUCGUCCUCCUCCUCCUCCCCGCCGCCCGAAAGAGAGGGGCAGCUCGGUUUGUUUGGACUCCGGGGCUUCGGCCGCACCGUCGGGUAUGAAUCCGGGGCCGUCGCGAUACCGUUUGCAGGAGCGGAGGGAGCCGGGGUCCGAGAGUUUAGACAGCGAAGAUAGCCAAACAAACAGAGGCAAACCCAGCUACUUGGACCCUUGGAUUGUGACUCUUCUGCUGGAGUACAAGGAGCCAGAACCCCAAAAAGAUGGGCAGGUUGGACAUGUUCUGAAGGUUUUAAAUGAUGCAAGUGCUCUCAGUCAUGAUGAAGAGUGCCCAGCAGCUAUUCUCUGCAUUGGGGAUGGACACCAUUAUAUCCAAACUGUUAUUACAGCCCAUGCUGCUCAGAUGCCAACAUGUGGUGUACCACAGUCUGGAUUUUCUGGUCUCGUUGGCCAGUUCAUCAUCCUCCAGAACUACAGAGUAUGCUUUAAAGAGGCAUCAAAAAUGGAAGAUUGUGAAUUCUACAUCAUACUAGAUUGCUUCCGAGUGAUGCCCUUGAACAGGCAGGCAACAAAGCAGCAUGAUUGCAAUCAAGAACCAUCAGUGCUGCAGAAGAUAAAGGAACUAUGGCAAAAAAGACUUGCCUUGCAGCCUUGGCUAAGCUCAGAAUCAGCAUCUAUUUCAGAAGCGUUGAAGGAGAUAAAGGAAGACCGGCUCAGUACUUUGAAACAAAAUGUUAAAGACUGCCUCAGUGUAUUAAGCCAUAGUAAUGAGUUAGAUUCUGAGCAGCUGGCUGUAUAUCCUGAAACCAAAUGGCAAACAGGAUGCAAGCAAGAUAAGAUACACCAGGACAUCUUUACAGUACCAGCCAAGUUCCUGGCAAUCAGUGCAGAAAAUAAGAAAGCACUUGACAAGUCCUACUCACCAAAGAUUUCGCAAGUUCCUGGUACUGAUGACAGCACUGAGGAUGAGGAUUGCAGUACUAUAUCCUUUUUCAGUGCACCAGAAUCUAACAAUCUAGAUGACUCCUUAGAAAACCCUUGGGACGUAUUGCCAGGAUUGACAUUGAACUCCUCCAGUGACAGUUCUGACACACUACCUGGUCUUCCUCCAACACAGCAGCUGCUCUUAGCUAGUACUGCUGAGAAAAAAGGUUCAAGCUCCAGCAGCUGUACCCCAGAGUUCCUUGAGCCUUGUCCUCAUACAUCUCACUGUAAUUCUGAGCAGAUAGAGCCAGUAGUGACAGUGUCUCCAGCCUGGCUUCCUUCUCGCAAUGUGACAACUCUCAAAGAAUCUGUCAGCCAGGAAUUCAGAGCUCAGCAGAUACACAUAACACACAACAGCAUGGCAGAUACUGAUGAAAGCGUUCCCUACAAUCAACCACUGAGAAAUUCACCUUUCCCCACUACACUGGCUCUCUCUUCUGCUCAUCCCCCUAGUAAAAAUGAUGUCUCCCUUGAGCUUUUGUGUGAAAAUACAGAAGAAAAUCAUACAGACAGUUUACAGAUGAUGGAGAGAAGAGCUUGGGAUGAAAUUAUGGAGACAGACAGGAGAGGUGUAGCAGUGAAAAGGAAACAGAUGAUGGCAGAUGAUGGUGAUAAACCUGAGACUUUCUUCAUUUCAACCUGCACUAGGCAGAAAGCUUUAGAACUGGCUUCUGCCACAGUUUCUCCACAAUCCAACAAGUUAGAUAAGCUGCCUGCAUGGAAGCCUCCUUUAACAUUUACAAGUACACCCAAGAAGAGCCGGACUGAGGAGAUCCAUGUCCAGCAGCAUCCAGUCCCCACCCAUUUGAGACGUUCAGACAGACUUCUAAGGAAAGGAAGGAAGCAGGGAGGAGCAGAAGGUGCAACUAGAAAUGUGGAACAACAAUUUGGAAUUCAGCAGCAGGAGUGUGUGAGAGGAGUGUGUUUUAAUCACACAUACAAGUCAUCAACACCUGAACUCUGUGCCCAAAUAUGUUCUACAAGGAUAUCAAGAGCAUUACUGGAAUGGGCUUGCUGGGUUCUCAACAAUAUGCAGGACUAAGCAUCUUUACUGAAGUGCCUUCAUGAUCUCAGGUGUGAUUUAGGUUUAUUAUGUGUCAAUGUUAUCUUCAUUAUCCAUUAAAA